AUGGAACAAACCCCUGCCAGGCCGGGCGGGCCCUGGAGAGGGAUUCUCUUGGCAGCCUCCGUCCUGGGCUGCUGCCUCCAGCCAGUGCCGGCCCAGACCCCGACCCCGACCCCAGUGACCAUCACCCCGGCGAGCCCCGCGCUGGGAGGGAACGUCAGCCUGGCCCCGCAGAAUGUGGCACAGAACUUCACGUCCUGCAACUGGCACCGAUCAACGACCGCUGAUGAAACCAGCCGGAUCCUCACCUACUUUCCACCUCCAAACCCCGUUCAGCACAACGGCCCGGCCCACACGGGGCGGGAGACAGCGGGGCCGGGCUGCGCCCUGCACAUCGCGGGGUUAACGCUCAGUGACACCGGGAACUACACGGUGCAGGUACAGAGCCGGACUAGCCCCGGCCUCGGCACGGUGGUUCUGCGCGUCUAUGAUGCCCCUCGUCCAGGUCUCUCUACUGGGGCCGUUGCCGGGAUCACGAUCGGGUCACUGGCCGGGGCGGUGCUGGUCACAGCUGGGGUCUGUUUCCUCUGUUCAGGCCACCAGAGCAAGACCCCCAGGUGGAGUGAGACGACCUCCCCAGAGUAUGAGAACCUGCCCCCUGCAGCCUGGGCGAGCCCAGCAGCCCCGCCUGGGAGCCCCCCUGACGCCAGCCCCACGUAUGAGAUGCUGCAGCCCGGACAGCGGGAUGUGUAUGACCAGCUGCGGAGAUGA